AUAUGAUCAUCUGAAUAAUUCAUACCAUCAUGAUAUGGAGGGCAAUGGUGUGAUAUGCUUAGCUGUUGAUAUUCUUCCAACAGAGUUUGCGAAAGAGGUGAGGCUUCCCAACAUUUUGGAGACAUACUGUCUGAAUUUAUCGGCAGUUUAGCUUCUACAAUAGACAUCAAAAAGUUGCCUUCACACUUAAGCCGAGCAUGCAUUGUCCACAGGGGAGCACUUACAUCCUUAUACGAAUAUAUUCGACAGAUACAGUGGAUAAUCAUGGAAACAGCCCGUCAAAGAAAAAGAAGAAUUACAAUAUAUUGGUAUCUCUGAGUGGUCACUUAUUUGAUCAAUUUCUAAUAAAUGAGGCUUUGGAUAUUAUUGAAGAUGCGGGUGGCUCCUUCCACUUGGUUAAGUGCCAAUUGGGUCAGAGUAUUGGUGCUACAUCAUACUCGGAACUCGAAGUUGGAGCAGAUGAUGGAGCAGUUCUGGAUCAAAUUAUUGAUUCUUUAACCUCUCUGGCUAAUCCAAAAGAAAAUAAUGGAAUCCAAAGUAAGAAAGGAAAUGGGAUAUCCCUAAAGGUUUCUAAGGUUCAGGAGAGUGGCCUUAAGAAGGAAUCUGAGACAAAAAGUACGAGUGCAGUUCUGAUUAUUGGUGCAGGCCGUGUAUGCCAACCAGCUGCCGAACUGUUGGCAUCAGUUGGAAGCAUUUUGUCUCGUCAAUGGCUUAAAACGUGCAUGGAAAAUAAUUUUGAAGGGCAUUGUAUUCAAGUUCUUGUUGGAUCUCUCUUCCGUAAGGAUGCAGAAGAGAUUGUUGAAGGUAUUCCAAAUGCGGUAGCAAUACAGCUUGACGUGAUGAAUCGUGAAAGUCUUCACAAGUACAUCUCAGAGGUUGAGAUUGUUAUAAGUUUGCUGCCUGCAAGUUUCCACAUUCACGUAGCAAAUGCGUGCAUUGAGCUUAAAAAACAUCUUGUCACUGCUAGCUAUGUUGAUGAUUCCAUGUCAAAGCUAAAUGAGAAGGCCAAGAGUGCCGGUAUAACAAUUCUUGGUGAGAUGGGCUUGGACCCAGGGAUAGAUCAUAUGUUGGCAAUGAAGAUGAUCAACGAAGCACGUGCUCGAAAAGGAAAAAUUAAGUCCUUCACUUCUUUCUGUGGGGGCCUUCCAUCUCCAGCAGCUGCUAAUAAUCCACUAGCAUACAAAUUCAGUUGGAGUCCUGCAGGAGCAAUACGAGCUGGGCGCAACCCUGCCACAUAUAAAUCUCAGGGUGAAAUUCUAAAUGUUGAUGGGGACAAUCUUUAUGAUUCAGCAGUCAGAUUUCGGGUUCCAGAUCUUCCAGCUUUUGCAUUGGAGUUACUUCCUAAUCGUAACUCUUUAGUUUAUGGAGAUUUGUAUGGCAUUGCAAAUGAAGCGUCAACCAUCUUUCGAGGAACAUUUCGGUAUGAAGGAUUUGGCAAAAUUAUGGGGACACUUGCAAGAAUUGGUCUUUUUAGUGCUGAAGCUCAUCCAAUUCUUAAAAAUGGAAAGCGGCCAACAUUCAGAAUGUUCCUAUGUGAAAUUCUAAAAGUUGAUAGUAAAAAUAUGGAUGAAACUUUAAAAGAAGAGAAGGGCAUAUCGGAAAGGAUUCUCUCACUUGGAUUUUGCAAAGAGCAGGAAACAGCAACAAGUGCAGCCAAAACUAUAAUAUUUCUGGGGCUUAAUGAGCAGUCAGAUAUUCCUGAAUCCUGUCAGAGUGCAUUUGAUGUCAGCUGUCUUCGCAUGGAAGAAAGACUAGCCUAUUCUAACACAGAGGAGGAUAUGGUGCUUUUACAUCAUGAAGUAGAGGUAGAAUUUCCAGAUGGCAAGGCAACGGAGAAGCAUAGGGCCACUUUAUUGGAAUUUGGGAAAACAAAGAAUGGGAAAAUGAUUUCUGCCAUGGCCCGAACUGUUGGUAUUCCAGCAGCCGUAGCAGCUCUGCUCCUACUCGUAAACAAGAUAAAAACAAGAGGUGUCCUGCGACCCCUUGAACCAGAAGUAUAUGUCCCAGCAUUGGAUAUUUUGCAAGCUUAUGGAAUCGAUUUGGGGGAGAAGACUGACUGACAAUUUUUUAGACUACCUUUGUCACUUUUAACCCCUACAGAUAGAGACUUCCAAAACCAGAAUCAAGCUAUGCUAUGUUGUUAAAAGUAAUUGCAAGUGAAUAGUAUAGUUGACCAAAGCAAAGCCAGAAUCACUUGGGGCCUGUGGAUGGCGAAGGCAUCACAAAGUACCUGACAAGCACUCAAUUGGAAGGCUUUGUGAAUGUAACCAUACGUGGGCUUUCCUGUUAAAUAAAUAUCAGUGCUUGUUUUAAGUA